ACAGUGCAGAAGAAGAGGAGAUCGAGAGAGGAGAGACAGACCAGAGAGACAGAGCGUUUAUAUUCUCCUACUCUUAACACGAGCAGAGCCUGGGCAUUUACAGUAUGCAGUUCAUUUAGCCAGAGAAAAACACAGACUUCAGAGAACAUGAAACUUGGAUCACAUGCAAACAACCCUAACUCUCAAACGCCACUUGUAUUUGACUAUUCCAGUAAGCAUCAACUGGCUAAUUUAAACAUAUGGUUUCCCAGUUGGGAAUAAGAAUCUCCACACAAGGCUAUGAAUACAUCAGACCUUCCUCCAUCAUUAAAAUUCUGUAAUUACACACCUGCCACCACAAAGACCACCACCUGCUUUCUCCAGAUGUCACAGGAAACAUGGGUAGCGUGAGCAGUUUGAUAUCAGGCCAUAGCCUCCACAGCAAACACUGCAAAGCUUCUGAAAACAAACUCAAAAAGGGGCUUCAGUCUAAGAAAACAGGUCGCAGUUUGGAUGGGCUUCUGAAGUAUGGCUUCACUCAGGACCAUUGCAGCACCAACAACAACUCAAAAGUCAGCUAUCAUUCAGGCAAAAAUGACGACUUCUAUUACAUCAAGGUCAGCAACAAGCCCCGAGGUGUUCAACAUAACAUAAAUACAACUGAAGACAGUCAAGGAAGAGCAGCUGAGAUGGACAAUGAGGUGGACAGGAGAGGAGGGCCACCUGAAUUAGUUCCGCUGUCUGGAAAACUAGAAAAGAGCAUAGAGCCUGCUUUGAUCCGACCCACUGCCUUCAAACCUGUUCUUCCACGAAGCAGCAGCUCCUCUGUGGAAACUCAUAACAAUUUGAGCACUAUCCUGGGCAGGAGAAUUAGUCCUAUAGAUAGACUCAAAGAUCUUCAGGACCCUAAGCUGGAGACAAAUUCAGGAACUUUCUCUGACUCUGGAAGGAACUCUAUGUCCAGCCUGCCCACCCACAGUACCAGUGGCAGCAGCCAGAUGGACAACCUAAGCACUUCAACUAACCACAUGGCACGCCAUGGAGGCCUUGCUCAAAACACAGACACAUCUCAGAACCCACAGGGGGGAAUAGCAGGGAUGAAUGGCAACUCUGGAUUCAGUUGGAUGAAUAGUGGGACAAAUGGUAACAUGUGGGCCAAUGGAUUUAGCGAAACAAACAGAAAUUGUGAGUCCACAAAUGGUAACACAAGAUCCAUUGGAGUCCUCAGUGAAAGUGUGGCAGCUGCGAUAAGUUUGAACAGAGAAAUAACUGCUGCAGCACUGACAGUUUUAUCCACAGAGCCAAAGACCGAUUUCACUGGAAAUCAAGAGCAGCUUCUGGAACACAGGUUUACCUUUUUAGAGCAAAGCUCAAAAAAACCCUCGCCCUCUGGGGGCUGUGUUCGAUCACCAAUUUCAAUGGAUGAAUCGCUCAUACAGCAACUCGAGCAGAAACUUCUGGAACGUGAAUCUGAGUUGGCAGAGUUACAGACAAGCCUUGAGGAAAAAGAGACAGACACAUGCCAGCUAUUUGAGGAGAAGCAACGCUACUGUGCAGAGGAGAUGGAAGGGCUAAAACAACGUUGUUCUACAAAACUUCGUCAAGUGUCCCAAAGGGCUGUGAAAGCCCAACAGUUAUUGCAGCUUCAGGUGAUACAACUUCAGCAGGACAAGGAUCGUCUGCAGGAGGAGGUGGACCAGCUCAAUCGUGACAGGGACACUGCAGAAAGCAGAAUCCGAAUCUAUGAAAGCCAGAAAAAUCUUGUACCCACACUAGAGGAGACUCAGUGGGAGGUGUGCCAGAAGUCAGGUGAGAUUUCUCUGCUAAAGCAACAACUUAGGGACUCUCAGACUGAUGCUGGGAAUAAGCUCAGUGAGAUUGUCACUCUCAAAGCUACUCUGAAAGAGUCCAGAUGCAAGAUGGAAGAACUGGAACAGAAAAUCAAAGAGUGUGAGGAAACUCUUCAUGAAAGGAGCGCCGAGGUUGAGGUGUCCAAGAACGAGUUUCAAAGAAAGAAGAAUGAGGCUGACCUCCUAAGGGAGAAGGUGAACAAGCUGGAAACAGACAUCAAGGGCAUGAAGCAGGACCUUGCCAUGGCCAAAGAGGAGCAACAGCAGUUAAUGGCCAUGAGGGCCAAAGUUGAGGAGCAACAGCUGCAGCUGCAGAUAAGCCAAGCACGGAUGGAGGCCUUUGGAUCUGGUCAUGCCAAAUCGAAUGCCCACGAGGGAACAGGUGCCUGUAAAACACUGAACCAUAAUGGAACAACCACAAACUUGGAUACUUUACAGAAGGAGGUAGAAAGGCUAAGAGGGGAACUGAAGGAAGAGAAGCAAAAGAAACUCAAGAUGAUGAAUAGCUUCCAGCAGGAGAGACAAACAUGGAAUAAAGAAAAGGACAAAGUAAUCAGAUACCAAAAACAGUUGCAAUACAAUUACCUGCAGAUGUACAGAAAGAACAGAGACCUGGAGAAGAUUCUGAGGGAGUUGACUGCUGAGAUGGACAAAAGGACAGAGUUGGACAUGGACAGUCAUAGUGCUGACCUGAACUUUGAUAAAAUUGUAGCUACAGAGAUAUGAGGUCAUAGAGGAUGAUUGUUUUUACAAAUGGUUAUCAAAGGGUGAAUUCACAAAGCAGGAAUUGCCAAGAUGUCAGGAGAUGCUCGAAACUAAAGAUUAUAACAUUCUUUGUACAGACCACGAAAAGCUUUUCUUCUUUUAGAUCACUCCUUUGGAUAGAGGUCUUCACAGGUCCAAUUGUAUCCGAAAACCCAAGGUCCUACCUGAGACCCAAAUGGGCUCAGGUCCAAAACUUUGUUGAGUGCCUUGGCCAUGGGUUGUUUUCGGUACUUUAAUAAAAAAUUUAUAAAUAGUUCCAUAUGGACCCAAUAAGACCCAAAUGUUAUAAGAUGUAAUGACAUAUCAGGGCGUAACUUGCACGUUCCUGCGAACUGCAUUUUUUAAAACAAUAAGAAACAUUUGGAACCUCACACACAAAAGUCCAUCUGAAGACAUGAGAUUGAUCAGGAAAUUACACUCGCUUCAUUAUGCAGCAUGUUCAUACAAGGCAUUUAAUUAUUGAAUAGUCGAGUUAAAUAGUAUUUACAGAUUAGAUUGGCAAAUCCUUAAUUUAUUAAGCAGAGCUGAUGAAAAAAAGGUCAACUGGGCAAAUUGAAAGUAGUUGAACUGAAGAAAAAAAAUGUGUAUCCUUCAGACUGGAAAUAAUAAGUAAAAAUAAAUAUUGACUAUAAGGCUGCAGGCUGUACACAUCCUAACGCUGUUUACGUUCAGGUCCAGUUGGGUUUAAAAAAAAUGGCAUCAGAUCUGGUCAAACUUUGAGGAAAAAUUACUUGGACUGUCUAACGUCAGGUUAUUCUUUAAAAAGAUAAUAAUUUCCCUGAUUUGGUUUCAGGUAAGAAGUAAUUCAGGCUCAGUACCUAUUUUAGGACCCAGGAAGGCCUCUACAGUAUGAUAUCAAGCAUUUGCAUUUCUGAAUAAGUUCCUAUUAAAGGUACAGUGUACAAUUGAAUGGUGCUCAGGAAGGCCCAAUCCCAAUUCUACCCCUUAGCCCUUCCCCUUGCCCCUCGUUUUGCGCAUUGACGUAAAGGGGUAGGGGUGUACUAAUUCUCUUUAGCUUAAAUGUGUAGGGCUAAGGAGAAGGGGUUGAUACCACUUUGAACGGAGAUUGUUCAGGACCACACUUGAAACCAAGGGGUAGGAAAAUUUCCCAGAAUACACCAGCCACAACGGCAGCAUAAAUUAAAUUUUUUCCACAAAUAAAAUUUUUUGUCAUUAUUGUGAAUUUUUACCACAAACAAGCACAUGCUUUAAUAAUUCAUAACAGCGUUCAUGUUUUACCGUCAUGUUUUUUUUUUAAAUGCUAAAAAAAAAAAAUUUGCUAUGUAUAAUCCAUAAUAAUAACUCUUGUAUAGUAGUCCCACAACAUUCUGACACUCGAUGACACUCAAAUACCCUGUCAGUAAUGUCUAGUGGCUGGAAAUGAGCAUUUUACAGUGUCUGGCAUAAUGUUAAUGUUGUUUUUGGUGUGUUUACAUGGAUGAAUAUGGCCACGGUGUGAAUGCACAGUACAAUUAUGAUCUUAUUGCCGCAUUAUAUCGUUAUGAUAACAUAGUAUGUGUCUUCAGUGAUUUCCUGAAGAUAAAUACAAAAAAAUAGCACAACUGGAAUAACUACUGCAGUCGCGAUCGUGUAAUCUCAUAUGAAGCAAGAAAUCGCGAUGACAUAGGAUGACGUGUGCAGGUGCUGUAGUGUUGUUUUUUGAAACCCUUCCUCUUCACACUCUGUUUCAAGGGCCAAGCGGAAGGGGAAGGCGUAGGGGUACAAAAAUAGAAUUGGAAUUGGGCCUAAAUAUGCCUCUAUUUAACAGAUCUCACUGAAUUGGUGCUUACUAUAAUAUCACAUCUAUGUCUGUUGUCACAAAGAAUUGUUAAUUCUGUAUUGACCACAGUUUUCUGUCUGUCAGCCAUUUUGUGCAUCUGUAUGCAUAAGGACAGCCCAUACAGUAUAUGGUUAACAAGUGUCUUAGAGAAAAUGAGGUACAUCAAAUAAUUCAAGUCAAGAACCAUGUUUAGUUUUAUAAGCAGUUGCAACUGUCAGUUUGUAAUGCAAGGCAAACAUGAUGCUAGCAAUUUGAUCUCUGAUUUCAUUGGUCUCAACAUUACAACUAGGGGCAUUAAUAUAGAAAAAGGGGCAUGUUAAAUUUAAUGAAUCAAUUUGCAAACAGCACCUUUAUUACUUAACCAAAUGCUUUACCUCCAAAUAAUCUCAAAUAUCCAGCUUUUCUUGCCUGAACAGUAAUUGUAAGGCCUCACUGCUGGGUUGGCGAAGUGAUGUGAAUGUUUUCUUUGCUAGUUUAAUUGCUAGUUUUGCACUGUCUUUUUCUUAUAACUGACAAUAAUCCUUAUCACUGAUGUCACAGCAGACAGGUUUGUAGAAACACAUCUUGUAUACAGUGAUAUAGCAGCUUCUAGAUUGAGAUGUUAUGAUUGUAAAUGCACUGUUCACAGAUGUCCAUAUACAUAACGCAUUGUUUAUUUAAAGAAUUCCAUACAUCACUGGCAGCUUAUAACCUGGGCACUGUACCAUUACUGUACGCACAACUUUGAAAUCAAGAUACUGUAUAUCUCAUUUUGGUUCAGAGUUUGGCGAUUUAAGUAAAUGGUGUGAUUGUGAAUGAAAAUGGCGAUGCCAUGAUCUUCGGACACAAUAUUUUAAUUAACAACAAAUGUUUCACCAAUUUAAAACAGCACAUUUGUAAAAGGGAAACAGAGCAUUUUGAAGACUGUACAAUUAUCACCUAGGCACCAAAAUAAAAAUAAAAAAAACUAAAUGAAUUACAUAGCUUUUGCAUUAAAAUUAGAAACACAUGCUUCAUAUGUAAUCAUGCCUUUAGCUUAACAUUUUCUUUUAAUGAGCAUAAACAAAAUUUAAGACAACUAGUCAACAAACACUCUUUUUGGCCAACAAAUUUUGGCCAAAUCCACAAACAAAUCAACUGCAUGAUUUCAUAAGCUCAUCAGUCAAGUGGACUAUUCUUAAUUAAUAAUAACAUGUGCGCAUUUUAGCACUAUCCAGCAGCACCAUCCCUUUAUAUUUAAUGGAGGAUAGAGGAGUUGAAACAAAUAGAAUGAGUACAUAAUGACA